GUAAUUGGCAAUUUACAAGGUGGAGAGAAGGCCUAUAUCUCUUGUACAAUGCAACUAUGAGCUCUAUAAAUAGGUUAUGCGAUUCCAAAGGAAGUUUUACAAAAUUUUCUCUCAACAUUUGUGAAGAAGGUUUGAUUUCGGGCAUGAAGAAGAAGAAAGUGUUUGAUGCGUGGAUCGCCAUGGAUGAAUAAGCAGCUGCAGAUCUGAGGACUUUUUUGCAGCAUGACAUAUUUGAUGGAAGAAAGAAAAGGAGAUGCAAGAAUUCUAAUAAUCUCCGGGGUGAUCUUCCUCUGCAUUAUCUCCGGCGGUCUCCUCCUCGGCCUCUACCUUUAUCUCCCGCAAUCGGAAUCCACCGAUUGGUAUCCGAUCGUCGGGAUCGUACUCGUCGCUACUCCUUGGAUCUUCUGGCUUCUUGUUUAUUUGUAUCAUUGCUUCAAACCCGCUGCUCAGCCUCAGCCUCCUCGAUUCAAUGCCUUCAAUUCCUCUACCAAUCGGGCGCCGCCCGCUGCCAAUCCAUCGGGGGCAGAAUCUCCAAAUUGUGAUUCUCCCGGCGGCGGGAAGCGUCGGGUGCAUUUCGGAACAACCAGGGAAGAGGGUAUGGAUUCAAAUACCAAUGGAGGAAACAAUCAUGAAAAGUGCCCUAGGGAAAGUGAAUUGCCAUUAAGUCCCUCCAUCUCGUCUUCGUAGUAUUGGGUUGGAACAAUGUAUUUCGAACAGAAGCAGAUAGAUUUCAAACAUGCAUUUGAGGGGUCAACUACAUUGUGAUUCCCAAAGAUUGUUGUACCGUGAUGGGCCGAGGAACGUCGAACCAUGGAUUGGUACAUAUUUUUGCAACAAUAAACGGGGAGGAGCAAAAAAGGUGAGUAAAUGUGAUGAUCUACAAAGGAAAAUUACCAUAAAAUUUUAAGCAUCAUGAGAUUGAUAUUGUUUGCAACUUAGAUACUACAAACAUGAGAGGAAAUAGGUAGGUUAAGGACUCGGAUUGACUUUGUUUGUUUGUGAUUCAUAUGUAUUUCUCGAUCGAGAGAGGAAUAUAUAUACAUGUUUGAUUAGUGU